AUUCAAUAGGCCUAUCACCUCAUAUAAAAAGACCUCACAAUCGCCGUCUCGCCAUUCAUCGACCUGAUUUGAACCAGAAUCUACGAACUAAGAAUGUCUACGCAUGCGCUGUUGGUCUUCUGCGCCGCCUUGAUAAUGGCGGCUGCCGUACACGCGAUGGAGGAACCAAUGGAUUUCAUCCCUCCAUCUGAACCCUGCAAACCGGAGAUGAAGACCUGCGAGUUCUGGCUCCAUGUCAAAGAAAAACUUACCAUGGUUCACGGGAAGCUGAUGGUGCAGCCCUCUAGCGGGAAAAUCUAUCAUUCUAACGUAACGGACUUCUCUACUGCGCAGGCGCUGGAUAUGUCGGAUGUUGUGACGGCUGAUGGUUACACGGACUCGCGCUUGGUAUAUCUCGUGAACGGAACCAUGCCUGGACCGACACUACACGUUUACACGGGACAGACUGUCAUCGUUCAUCUCCAUAACCACCUUUUGGGUGCGGCCAUCUCGCUUCAUUUUCAUGGUGUCCACAUGAAGGGCACACCGUGGAGCGACGGUGUAGGUUUCGUCACACAAUGCCCCGUACUUCCAGGACAACGAUUUACUCACAAGUUUAAGAUAACUCAACCAGGCGGGACUUACUGGUAUCAUGCGCAUGUCGGAAGUCAGAGAACCAUGGGAAUUUUCGGGGCGUUCAUCAUAAAGAAUAAGCCCAAACCUGCGCUUGCGGAACCGGAACCAGAAGAACAUAUUUUACUGUUACAGGAUUGGAACCAUGACUGGGACUCUGAUUUGGCCUAUUUUAAGAUGGUUUACGGAAUGUACGUGGGGAGCACGAAAAUGGGUAACAGUGAUUCUUUAGAUGGCGGCCAUUUUAGUUUAUUCCAUUUCCAAGCGGGCUUAAUCAAUGGCAAGGGACGGUACUAUGAUCCCAGCGCCCUAAAGAUACAUAAUGGAGCUCCGUUAGAGGUAUUCAAAGUCAGAAGGGGUAAACGGUACCGUUUCCGCAUAAUUGCAGCCGGUAACCUGUACCCGUUUAGAGUUUCCAUUGAUCAGCACGAACUGACAGUCGUUGCUACAGAUGGGUACGAUGUAGACCCGAUGCCCGUGGAAUCUCUCAUCAUCAAUCCAGGCGAGAGGUAUGACGUCAUGAUCACUGCGGACCAACCAGUUCAGAACUAUAUGGUCCGGGCGCAGACCUUAGAAGUUGAUGUUGAACACGUGGCUGAAGCUAUCUUGAACUAUGACGGUGUUGACCCCGUGCAUGAGCCAACAACAAAGAAGAGAGAUUGCACCGGAAGCAAGCCCUGUAAGGUCCUGAAUUGCCCCUUUAGAUACUACCCAAGUGGUCAGAAUACUGAGUGCAUUUUGCUGGAUAAACUCCGGGGACGAGCAGGUGACGCGCCAAACGCUGGUAGUUCUAAUUUCAAGGAGUUCUUCCUAAACUUUGCUUUCCCGGGAAAAGGUUGGACACCGGGGUCAGUCAACGGCCGCGCCUAUCUUCAACCAACGGUUAGUCCGCUCACACAACCGGACGAGAUGAACUGGGGAUGUGAUCCGGAGAAGUGUGGCGAAGAAAAAACCUGUUCCUGUGCCUACCACGUGGAUAUCAACUACGGCGACACUGUGCAGAUGGUCUUCCUGAACAUGGGUCAAGGAAAGGGAUGGGCUCACCCGAUACAUUUGCACGGACACAGCUUUUACGUAGUGAAGAUGGGAUAUGGGCGCUUUAAUAAAACCACUGGGAAAUUCCUCGCAGACAAUCUAGAUAUAGACUGCCGCGGUAACCCAGACAGAGAAAAGUCGUACUGUAACGCGGCAACUUGGGCAAACCACACCUGGUCUGGCGACAACAUCCCCGGGAUCAACCUGGAGCGACCCCCGGUCAAGGAUACUGUCAUUGUUCCGUCUGGGGCGUACGUUGUCCUCAGAUUCAAAGCAGACAACCCAGGUAUCUGGAUCAUGCAUUGCCACGUGGAGAUACACAACUUGGACGGGAUGACGAUGCUUGUGAGAGAAGCGCCCGAGAAGCUCCCGAAGCCUCCUAAGGACUUUCCGACCUGCCGCAGCUUUAAGUAUGAGGAGCCUCUAAACGUGGACGUCAACUCUAAACCCACGAAGCAAAUCUUCAACACGCCGGCUCACAUGUACCAGAAGCAUUUCCGUCACAGCGGAUAAUGGUUCGUUUCAUUUUCCGGUCCUUAUUUCACAAGUGCAUUGGCCAAAAUGGUGUAUAUUUCCUUAUUUUUAACCGAAUUUUACAAAAAAGUGUUUGGGUGACAGAGGACUUCCUUUACCAGCUUGACAUGUGGUCAUAUUCACCUACCAGUACUUUGUUCAAACGCUUCAAAGUUGCAUGAAAUUCCGGCAUCAUUAUGACCAAUCAAGAUCGUAUGACGUCACUCUCAGUGUGUUGGGCUGUGUACUCCUAUGCUGGCACACAAUUGCGAUUCUCAAGCAUUUUUUGAGCAAUGUAAACGUAUAAAGUACAGGUAUUUUAUUUGCAAAAGAAAUCACAUAUCACACCAACACUUACUUUGUGAUCUUCUUCGGUUGAAAAUGGGAGAAUAAAUGUCCUUUUUGCUUCGGCAGCACCUUUUGAAACAAGGAGUAAAAUGCUAAAUUCCAACUCCAGCGAGUAUAUACGACCAAAAAUAGAUAAUGAAAGAAAACAAAAGCCGCGCAAGGUUUAGUUGCCUCGCUUGCCACCAGAGGGCUUGCCGAAAACAUAGUGUUUACGUAGUAUUUUGCAACCUUUUUUGGCUGAUAAACUAGGGAAUUAUAUCUAUAGAGGCGAUUACCAGCUUAUGUAAGAUAAAAGCGCUAUGCCGCACACAAUGGAUGAACGCGUCUCCCUGCGAGAUCUCGUGAUAUUUGGCGAUCGAUCGCCCCGGUCAACAGUGACUUGGGGCGAGAGUCUGACAGGACUGCGCUCGGUAGUGACGUCAGUCCUUCCUCCCCUGUGACACUGAACUUGACGAGUAAAAAAACCCAGAAAAUAAACAAUUCCAUAUCGUUUAAUUCUUAUAAGAUUCUAAUGCAAUUCCAUUCACAAAAGCGUUUUUAUAUAGCUCUACGAUACACGUAAUAAUAAAUAAUGGCGUUAUCAUUAUCACAA